CAUUAAAUAAAUGUGAAAUCUGAAAUCAUUUUCAGAUUUUCUCCCGCGUGCUCUAAAUUGUGAAAUGAGCCUGUCUGUUUGCGUGUGAAAUAACUAGGUGUUUCUAUGAAGACCUCUGCUUCGGUUAGUUUCAGGCGAAGGUCUAGCGGAGGAGGGGCGAGGUCCGCUCUUAAGCCGUGGCCGGCCGCUGAUGCAAUUUGUUGACGUCGGGCCAGCGCGCGGGGCGUUGGUGAACUGUGCUGUGAAGUGAGAGUGACUCGACGGUGAACUCGGCGGAGGAUGAGGGCGGCUCUGCUGGUGUGCUGGAUAGGAGCGGCGUGCGCGGUGGUUGGCAACGAGUCUGGUAACCCAUCCCCUGCAAGACGCGGCCGCGUGCGCUUCACUCGACGGACUCUUAAUGAGCGCUGGUCGCAAACUAUAACAGAUUUGCUCGCAGACGCCAACCGUCGCAGUUCCCUGUCAGACAGUUCGUUGAGAGUGCAGCUACCAAUUGGUGCUGGAGGCGAGCCCCUCCCGGUGCUGCUGCUCCCGGUGCCGGUGCCUGACUACGGCGGGAGAACAAAUCAACACAUCCAAACACAGACAGAGACAAGGUUUGGUCAGUCGGAUCAACAGGAGAGCCAGGAUGAGACACAACGCGGCCGGACGGAGGGGCCGCGUCCGGCGCCGGCCAGCCGCGACCCGUUCCCAGACGUGCCGUCCGGCCCAGACGGACAGUACCGGCCUUCCUCUCCCGUGCGCUUCCAGCCCGAGUACCAUUCCUAUGAUGACACACCUCCGGAAAUGUCAUUGGGUGUGACGUCAGAGCAUCUGAUAGAGCUGUUCCAAGCACAGCAACCUCGCAACCCAUCAUUGCCUCCAGUAUUACUCCCCGACUCCCCUCCACCUGGCGAGCCCAGUUACCCGUUCCGGUUUCGGCGCCAGGCCGGGCCUGCGCCGCCUCCGGGCCGGCAGCCGCCGCCGCUGCGCUUCUCGCGCUCCGUCAUGCUGCGCGGGGAACUCACAGUGAACAAGGCUGACUACAGCGAGCCAUACACUGCUUGGUACGAUGCGAACACGGGGUCGUCCCGAGUGGACGUGCACGGCGGCAGCUCUAGCAUCUUCCGCAGCUUCGGCGCUAACGGCGUCGUCCAGAGAGUACUGUCUAGUGUAACCCGGUCGGAGGACAACGAGCAGGGCACGCGGCGCUGCACAGUGAUGCAGGACCGCGCGACCUCGCCCGCCGACCGCGCCGUGCCCGCGCUGCCCGACCUCGAGAAGUUCUCUUUCGCAGGCUAUGUGGAGGAAUCCAACGGGCAAGUAGAGCGCUGGACGCACACGCAGAGCGGCGGCGCGGGCGAGCUGGGCGCGGCGCCGGGCGAGGCGCUCACGUUCCGCCACGAGCUGCUGGCUACGCGCGCGCCCGGCGGUGACGCCGUGCCGCUCAAAUAUAAUGUGGCGGUGGACAGUUCAACUCUGGGUCCAAACAGCGACUCGUACGAGCACCGCUACCUGGAGACCCGCGACGUGCAACCUGACCCCAACUAUCUCAACAUCGAUGUUGGUCGUGAAUGCGGAUCUGUGGAGAAAACCAAUAGCAUGCACCUAGUGGACUCUCUACAGGAAUUCACCAUGCUGGUACGACCCUCUCGCUUCGUGGAUGCUUUUAAGAAUUUUACUGACAAGUUCAGCCGCAAAUAUCUGGAUCCUGCAGAAGAGGCGUUGCGCAAGAACCUAUUGAUGCAGAACGUGCGGUUCGUGGAAUCCGCCAACCGGCAGGGCGGGUUCGCGCAGCUGGCCGUCAACUGGCUGUCCGACCGGCUCGAGGCCGAGCUGGACACGUUGCUGGGCAUCGCGCAGAGCGCGGCCGGCCUGCUCGACGCCGAGCGCUUCCCGUACUCGCGCGGCGAGGCGCGCCGGCUCGAGGACCGCCUGCCAAGGGAGUUCGACUGGAGACAACACGGAGGCGUCACGCAUGUGCGAUACCAAGGCAAUUGCCCGGCGUGCUGGGCGUUCUCGGUGGUGGCGGCGGUGGAGGGCGCGCUAUUCGUACGCUCGGGGCAGCUGGUGGCGCUCAGCGACAAGUGUCUGUUGGACUGCGGCCACAAGCCCGGUAAGGAGACGUGCAGCCCCACCUGGCUCGACUCGCCCUACGCCCACAUCCAGAACCGGGGCAUUGUGGCCCUCGCUGACUACCCACCUUACAAGCCGCAGGUGGAGCAGUGCCGCGACGACCGCGUGGAUCCCGUCACCUUCAUCAGCGCGUACGUCAACGUCACUAGCAACAGCAUCCCGUCGCUCAAGGUAGCGAUUCGGAAACACGGCCCCACCGUGGUCCUAGUUGACGGCAAAUGCAAGAGCUUCCAGUACUACAAAUCAGGAGUUCUACUCGACUACCGAUGCAUUCGUGAGCUGAAGAAGCUGAACCACGCAGUGACGGCAGUGGGAUGGGGCCAACGAUUGGCGACACAUUUCAUCCUGAAAAACUCGUGGGCUGCGUCUUAUGGCGAGGGCGGGUACGUGCGCGUGCACGCGGCAUCCAACACGUGCGGCGUGCUCACCAGCCCCACCUACCCGCGCAUCGAGGACAGCGACGUCCACCGGCUGCCCGCCAACGGCGCCGCGCCGCUGCCCGACGAGCAGACCGGUGGCGACCAGCUGUAGUGCGCAGUCAAACAAGCCACUUUGAUUAUUUUUCUAACCGCUGUAAUUACACCAAUUAUUUAACACGACUACAAAAUGGCAGCGUUAACAGGUUAUACACGUAGAUAGAUACUUAAUAAAAAGGAUUGUUUAAAGUUGAAAGUUGUGCUCUGAAUUCCAAUGCUAGUCAAGGCCUUGCCUACACUCUAUGGUAAGAAGUACUCAAUGAAUAUUAUUUUAUUGCGCCAUUAAAAAAUGUUGCAAUUUAUUUGUAAAAUACUCAACUAUAAAUUCUCAAUAACUCUCUAAUUUAGUUGUAUGAACUUUGUCAACUGUACGUUAGUUAUAUGAGAAAUAAAUGAAAGACCUAUUAAA